CCCCCCGGCGCGGCCCGGCGCCAGGAGCAGCGGCCGCCGCCAUGUCCAUCUUCACCCCCACCAACCAGAUCCGCCUCACCAACGUGGCCGUGGUGCGGGCGCGGCGCGGCGGGAAGCGCUUCGAGAUCGCCUGUUACCGCAACAAGGUCCUGGGAUGGCGCAGCGGGGCGGAGAAAGAUCUGGACGAGGUGCUGCAGACGCACACGGUGUUUGUGAACGUGUCCAAGGGCCAGGUGGCAAAGAAGGAAGAUCUCGUUCGAGCGUUUGGGACGGACGACCAAACGGAGAUCUGUAAGAUGGUGGGUUCCACACUCAGCUAUAUCAAAGCUUGGAGAUCUGCUCCAUACAGCACUGCUCAGGGAAGCACAAAGGCAUGAGCUGAAGGAAAGAGUAGACAAGGGUGGAAAGCAUGAAAGCUGAGAGAUGGGGCACUUGGCAAUCCCAUCACCUUGCCAUGACUGAAAUAGCAGCAAAAAUCAUGAAGUGUGUUGUGAGGAACUGUCCUGAAAAUGGGGAAAGCCCCUGGGAAGUUCUGACUGAGUAAAGAACCCAACCAGGCACCUUGGAAGCAACACUGAGGGUUUCUCAUGGAACAGAAACCUCUGUGAAUUUUCAGUAAGGGGCUGGAAGUCUCCAUCCACAUCCACCUCACCAGGCUGUAGAACAACACAAGAUCCCUCGUGUUACCCUCAGGCAGCAGGUACCAGCUGCCAUCCAAAGAAAGGAUGCUGUGCCAACAGACCUGCAGCUCAGGCCCCCAGAGGGACUCUCACGUCCUCUUCUGUUUGGAAAGUCAAUGAGGAGACUUCUGGACACACACCCCAACAUUUUUAAACCCAAACUCAUGCAGACAUCUGAUGGCAGAAGGCUUAUGCUGCUAUGCACUGUGCACCUUCAGUGAAAUGCAGAAGGAGAAAUCCCACCAACAUCCAUUUUGUUGGAGGUUCAGCAUUGGCCAGAAUCUUUGAGGACAAAAAAAAAUUCCCAGUCACAACUCUAAAACCAGACCUGCAGGGCUACAGUGGGGUUUCAGAUCCCUGCACAGAGCCACAUCAUCCCCACAUUGCUGGGGGGAAGGUCUUCAGCAAGGUGUCAUUGAAACAACACUCCAUUUCACACCCUGCAGCAGCCAGGUAAUGUGAUUUCACAUGUGUGCUGAGAUGCCCAGCCCAAAACCAGUGAGAUUUCCCACUCCCGUGGCCCACACUGUGUCCAGAGGCAAAGCAAGGCUGGGAAAGAAAGCCAGUGCCAGUGUGUGAGGAGCCACCAGCAUUGUGGGACAUGCAGCCACCACUGCUGAGCCCACCUAGCAGCCACAGGGCUGGUGUCCCCCAGCCACCACCAGCACUCUGCUGUGCCCCCACACCAGCACUACCACAGCUCCUGCAAUAAAGAUGCCAAACUCCCACAGUCAUGGUCCAUGGGUCCACUGGGAGGGUGUCCCAUGAGUGCACAUGUCCAGAGCCAGUCUCCAGGGAUGGAAAUGCCCAGAACCAUCACCAGCAGUGAGCCCUCCCUUGCCCUUGUCUCCAUCCACAAGUCCUUGGGGAUCUUUUCUCCUCCCAUCUCCCUGGGGCCUCCCCCAUGCUGUGGGAGGUGAGUGAGCAGCUGUGUGGUGCUUUGUUAGCACAGUAGGUGGUUGUGGUUGUAAUGUUGUCAACAUUUGGGAUGAACCCUGAAAAAUCUUUCUAGCACUUGGUCUGGUCUUUCCACUCUGGCUGUGGAGAACAGAGAAGCCACAAAAUGUGUUCAAGACUUGUCUGCCAGAGCUGCAUGAAUAAUCUGGUCUGUGGCCCAUUUGCCUGCUGCAUGGUAAUUCUGGGAUGUUUUAGCUGCCUUUAAAAGAGAUCAGGAGCAGUGGCAUGCAAUAGACUAGAGGCUUUGAUUGUACUGACAUCACCAAGUUGUGAGCAGAGGGCAUCACUAAAUGCAUUCAGACACAGCAUCCCAAUCACUGUUCCAUGAGGGAGGGGAGGGGAGGGCAGCCCCCAGGCAGCAGCAGCAUCGUGUGCUCCUGGCACAAUCAGACCCACUGCUGCAGCCUCACUCUGCCCCAGGAGAGCAGCCACUGGAAAUGGAUGUGACAAGCAGCAAAAAAGCACAAGGGUGGGAAGAAACCCCAGACAGUGCUUUGGUUUCUGGGUUAAAAGUAAACCAAGCGUGGAUGUCUCAGGAAGGCAGCAGCAGGGGCAGGAGCAACACCCAGGCAGCCUCCUGACUGACCCCUGAGCCAGCCCACACCUCCCUGCCUGGGGCAACCUGCCUGUGACGGGCAGGGGAGCUGGGCUGGGCAUGGCAGGGCACUGACACCACACAGAGACCGGGGAGGAAGCUCCCAAGCUGCUGCUCACCCCAUGCACACAGCCCCCGAUGCUGGAGAGAGAGAUGAGGCUGCCCAUGGCUCUCCUAGAUGGGAAAAUACAAGGAAAAAUAAGUACAGGGAAGGGGUGUUUAGACAAGACAGGCCAAGGAGGCAAGGUGGGGGAGCUGCUGUCUGUGGGAGGCAGCAAUUAGAGUGAGUUGAGCUCUGCCUGGGGGGUGAGGGGCAGGCUGAGUGUUUGUGGGUGAUCCUAGGGUGGGAGUUUGCUACAGGCCACCUGAUCAAGAAGAGGAAGUGGAUGAGGCCUACAAACAGCUGAGAGCUGCCUCACUGUCACAAUCCCUGGGCCCCAUGGAGGACUGGUGUUUGCUGGAAAAGCCACUCAGCCAAGCACACAAACAGUGCAGGAGGUUCCUACAGAAUGCUGGUGACAGCUCCCUGGCACAAGUGGUCAGGAACCAAGGAGAGGUGUGUGGCUGGCCCUUGUGCUGGCACACAAAGAGGCUCUGCUGUGAAGGUUGGAGGCAGCCUCAGCUGCAGUGACCAUGAGAUGGUGGAGUUCAAGGUCCUGUGUGGAACAAGCAGGGCACCAGCAGGAUUGUGACCCUGGCCUCCAGCUGACCUGACUUUGGCCUCUUCCAAGCCCUGCUGGGCAGAAUGUCAUGGGGUAGGAUCCUGGAUGGUAGGAGCACCCAUGAGAGCUGCUUCAAGUGCCAGUUGCUCCAAGCCCAGGAUCAGUGUGUCCCCACAAGGAGAAAAAAUCAGAAAAAAGAGGCAAGAGGCCUACAUGAAUGAACAAAAGAGCUACUGGAAGUGCUCAAGGAGAGGAAAGAAAUCUCUGCAAGGUGGAAAAAGGGCCUGGUUGCUUGGGAAGAGUACAGGAACAUCACCAGAGUAUGCAGGGACAGAAGCAGGACAGGAUAGCAGGGAGGGAUAAUGGGGUGCAGGUGGGUGAUGCCUACCAGAAGGCAGGUAAAGACACAGCUCACCCAUCCCAGUGCCACUCCUCACACAGCCCUUCACCCUGCCAGCUCCUGGUGAAGAUGAACUGGGGUAACUGGGCAUGGAUUCUCUCACAGGAGGCCCAGCUGUACCCAGUGCCCAUGGUGCCUCCCAGCAGCAUUCACUCAGCCAUGGGGAUGCCCAGGGGCAGCACAUGGAGGGAAAUUCCAUCCCCUGACUCAAGCUCCCUGCUCUGCCCAAGUUCCCAUCAUGGUCCCAGUGCCAGCAGCAUGCAGGGCCAUGGGACCCCAAGGCAGCGCAUGAGAUGAGCCAACAGCAGGCAUGGGACACCUCAUCUUUGUGCCCAACCCCCCAAGCUGGGCCCUACAGGGUCCCUCCACCUCCCCUCACUCCAUGCUGGGUGCCCAAUGUGUGGUGCACACCCUUCACUAUCCAUUUUUAACCUUUGCCAAGGAAACGGGAGCCAGAGGCCUCAGGGCCAACCAUCAUCAGCCCAUCCUCACCCCUUUCCCGGGUGAUGGGGUGCCCACAUGAGGAAGCCACUCGGGGUUGCAGACAAGCUGGGUCAGCUGUAUUUAUUGAGAACAGUUGUAGAGGGAUAAAAAUAUUUCCAUUAGCUCUAUAAGAAUUUAUAAACCUAUACUCUGCUUAAUCCUUUAACAAAUGCCUCUAUGACCAUCAUGC